ACAAUGCGUCAGCAUCGAUCACCGACCAUCGCAUUGCUUUGUUUUAAUUAAACAGUCGGAUUCCCCUGGUCCGUGCCAGUUCUGAGACGGCCGUCUGUUGCCAGCCGCGGCCGGGGAAACGGGAGGGAAACCCCGGCCUUUGCCCGAGAGGCGCCUUCCGCGUUGGUCCCGACCCGCGACGGCGGGGGCACCUGCUGCCGGCGGGCGCUCGGGCUGCGCGGCUCGAGCGGAGGGGAGGGCACCCGGCGGCGGUGGAGCGCAGAGCGGCCGCGGGCCCGGCGACCGCCCCUGCGGGGUCGGGUCCGAGCUCGGAGCGACCUCGUGAGAGGCCGCCCCUCGCCCAGUCCUUCUCCCUCGGAGCGGGCCGAAGCGCCGCGGCGCCGCAGGCCGCCGAUGCCGCGGGCACCCUUGGGUCCCCUCCUCGCCGCCGCCUCCGCGCGUCGCCGGCGGCCGCCCGCCAGGAGAACGAGGGACCGCUUCCGGCUGUGGGCCCGGCAUGGCUCGACCCUCAGAGCCAAUCCUUGUCCCGAAGUUACGGAUCUAACUUGCCGACUUCCCUUACCUACAUUGAUCUAUCGACCAGAGGCUGAACACCUUGGAGACCUGCUGCGGAGUAAGGUACGGACUGCCCCCCGCGACGCGGGCGUGCUGGGUUGGCAUCUCAAGAAAACUCCCGAGGGCCCGUUCUCUGCUAGAAGACCUGCCUAGGUAAAGGUUUUAAAUAACCACCACCGCCCCUGCGGCGGCGGCGCGUGUCCUCUCGACCUCCACC